CCUCUACAUCGACAUCGAAUCCUAAUCAGACUUCUCCAAAGAGAAGAAGAUUUUCUAGUCCUACACCAUUAGUGUCACCAAGAAAACCUCAAGACAGAGAAACUGUCCCAGUGACACCUCGGAAGCGAAGACUAAUAAAGAAACUUAAAUCAAGUCGUCUUCUAAUAAAAAACCUCAAACAGAAAGUUAAUAAAAUAGAUAAAAUAACAUCACCUGUCUUAAAAAGUUUGAUAGAAUCUUCUAUUGCUAACCAAAAUCGCGAACCUAAAGGCAAACGUUGGACUAAAUUAAAUAAAACCGUAGCUUUAGCUAUUUACAAAAAGUCAUCUAAAGCGUACAGAUAUUUGUCCCAACUUUUACCAAUGCCUAGUAUCAGAACACUUCAAACAGUGUUAGAAAAUAUGAAAAUGGAUACCGGCAUCGAUUCCAUGAGUAUGCAUCAACUAAAAAAAAAAGCUGAAAGUUUAUCGGACAAAGAUAAAACUUGUGUUAUUCUUUUUGACGAAAUAGCACUCAAAAAAAGGCUAAUAUAUAAUGUUGCCACGGAUAAAAUAGAUGGUUAUGAGGACCUAGGCGAUGAUAAACGAUCUGAAAAAAUUGCUGAUCACGCAUCAGUUAUCAUGCUUCAAGGGGUUCAUAAAAGUAUGAAACAGCCCAUUGCACACUAUUUCGUUAAGGGCACUAUAGCAACCGAUAAAUUAGCUAUUAUAAUAAAAGAUACAAUUCGAGCUGUAACAGAAGCUGGUUAUGAGGUAAUAGCUACGGUUUGCGAUCAGGGACCAACGAACAUGGGUUCAUUAAAUUUGCUAAAAACUUGGGGAAAUUCUGCGGAACCACAUUAUUUUUUUCUUGAUGGAAAAAAAGUUUUUAUAAUAUAUGACGUGCCACAUCUUUUUAAAUCAAUACGAAAUAAUUUUAUGCAGGGCGGUGAACUGGUAAUGGACAAUAAAAAAGGGAAAUGGGCUCAUUUGAUCAAACUUGAAGAAAGAAAUAGAAUCAGUCUCCAUUUCAAAAAAAAUACUAAAUUACAUGUGAACCCCAGAUUUCGAGCCAAAAUGAGAGUUAAGCUAGCUGCUCAAAUUUUGAGUAAUACUGUUGCAGCUAUACUAAAACUACAAGCUGAUAGUGUUGAAAACCAAGGAGAAAGACCGGAAAUACUUCAAACAGCACACAUAGUCGAAGAACUUGAUCAAUUAUUUGAUUGUACAAAUGGGCCAGCUUCUAAAAGCGAUAUAAAAAGAAAUAUUCGGCAAAAUGUCAGUAAAAAUAGUUUCCAUCAUAGGAGAUGGAUUGAAUUCAAAAGUAAAAUUAAAACCCUUCAUUUCUUAAAAUCGGACAGUCAACUGAGAUUGAGAAACAUUAGAUGUGUAAAUGGAAUCACAUUGUCAUCUCUACAAGAUAUUUGGCACUAUUUACAUUUAGUGAAAAAAUUCAAAUAUAUGAACCUGCGUCAAUUUAACCAGGAUGCAUUAGAAAAUUUAUUCGGCCAAAUACGUCAACAUUGUCUUACUAAUAGAAAUCCAACGUGCCAUCAUUUCACUUGUGCAUUGAAGUCUACGAUUCUAACACGUCUCAGUGCACCACUAAGCAGAGGGAGCAACUGCCAAAGAGAUAACAAUGAAAUCAUUAUAGACUUUCAGGAAAUUGUUUUUCCAAAUAAAAAAUACCAGCCUGUGAAACAGACAGAGAGCGCAGCUAGUGAAGAUUACGACAUCAAAAUCGAUGAUUUUCAAGAUGUUCCUGUUUUGCACUUAGCUGAUAAUAUUGAGCAACAAAAUUACUUGGCGGAUAUAGAAGAAAAAUUCAAAAAAUUUGAAAAGCAGCCCACAGUAUAUGUGAGCGGCUAUUUAGCUUCUGUGCUUCUGAAAGGUGUGGACUGUCUAAAAUGUAUAGUUGCCAUGAAGGUUUCCUACCCGCAACCAAAUACAAUAUAUAAUUAUAUUGCUUUGCGAGAGUGGUGGACGGACAAAUCCUCAUUAACAUACCCUAGUCUUCAGUUAUGUCAGGCAAUAGACGAUGCGACAAGUAUUUUUGAUGAGAAAGUGAAAUCAAAUAUCUUCGCAAAAAAUAUAUGCAGCUACUCUAAAAUAGAAAUACUUGCAAAUAUUGAUUUGUCGUGGAUCUGUGAAGAACACAAAAAUGUAAUGAUAGAAAAAUUAUUGCAACGCGUAAGCCUACUUUUAAUAAGAAAUCACUGUAACUUAAUAAAUCAGUUAUUUGCGCUCAGUGAAGAGGCCUCUGCAGAUGCGAUAAAGAAGGCGCAACAACAAGGCGUUGCAAAAUAAAUAUAAUUAAUACAGUUUUGCUUAUGUAAAAUAUAUCCCUAAGUCUUGCGUGUCUGAACUAGGUUAUCCUGCGUUUCAAAUGAAUGUAUCAUCAUCUGCCUAGCCAUUUCCCAACUACGGUGGGGCCGGCUGCCAGUCUUAACGGGAUGCAGUUGAAUACUACGACUCAUCCGCAGAAUAUAGUCCUAUAUGUAGGAUUGAUAGUUUUUAGUAGAGGUUAAAGAAGUUGUUGACUUGUGUAACUUUUAAACGGUGCGACUUGUUGUUUAAAUUUUUUGGUAUGUUGUUACUACGUCUCAGCUUUGUUAAAUACUGUGUAGUUUAUAACUGUUAUUAUUUUAUUUCUGGAGAUAGUGAGUUCUAUAUUAACAUAAGACGUUUUAUGGCAAAACAGAGAGGGUCCUUAGUGAACGUUACACGUUGUUUUAUGGACACAUGUAAAUUAAAUGACGUUCUAUAUUAACAUGAGUCGGUUUUCUUUGGAAUUACUAACUACUAAUGAGUCCUACGUAAAUAACAACCUUGAAAUAUUUAAACAUAACGUUCCUCAUAUAAUCACUGCCCUCCUAUAUAACUAAAUAAAAAAGAUAGUAAUUAUUUAAAAACGUUUAUUAAGUGAAAAAAUCUCAAAACUCGUAUAAAGAAUCAUCAUAAACAGCAAUCAUAACACUAAAAAUUACAAAAAAACUUACAGGUUCAUGUAUCAAUUAGAACAUUGCAGGACGCAGACACGGACGAAGAUAAUAAAACUAAUUUUUUUUUAUAAUAACAACAUUAAAAUCAGCAGUCUCAAAGUUUUUUUUUAUUGCUUAUA